AUGCCACCCCGCCAGCGUUGUCAUGUCGACGCCUCCAACUCGGACGAUUCCUUAUCGCCUAGCGAUGACGACAUCAGUGAUGGCACCUCCAAUGCCAACGAGGACGUCUUUGAUGUAAACGAAGAUGAAGAUGGCCCGAGCACCGACGCGACGGACAUCGAAGACCUCGACAAGGAAGCCGAACUUGACGUCGAAGACCAGAUCAUGUUGUUUGGUGGGAAUCUCCACCCGCCCGACUACUGGCGGAGGGCGGUGGAGGAAAUGAACGAAAGCGAAUUCGAGGGUCAAGAUUACAGUCCUUCGACAAUGGCAUUACUAGAUAAUGUUGAGGAGCAGUGGCGCUUAUAUUGCGAAGUCCUCAACCGCGACCCUCGACAUUGCUACGAGACGCUCUCGAUCAAACUCCUCUAUAACUUUUUCGAUUGGUACCUCAGCCAGAAAGUUGGCAAAGACGGGAGGAAGAGGAACGGCAUCAAGAAAAAAAGCUCAUUAGGGACAUACUGGAAGAUCUUCAGACUUGUGUUUGAGAGGGCUAUGGGUGAGAGAAUAGCCUCUAAGCUGGGUCGCAGCAUGCGCAAGGUUAUUGGAAGGCUGGCCGAGAAGCACGGCCUAAACGACCAGGCGCGGGCCAACCGUAUUAUGACAAUCGACCAACUGAAGCAGCACAUCGAAGAAACGCUAAGCACAACACGAAAGAUGUUUGAGGUGGGAGAAGUGCGCAUCCUUGCUGUACUCUUUGUCCUGUUGGUUGCUCCUGCUGGCGCCCGUCGCAGAGCUAUCGCGAGGCUUCGUUUCAGGGACAUACGCGUCGUUCUAGCGAGAGAUCCACAAGGAGGACCACAUAAGCUUCUCAUUCGGUUCACUCCGAAGUUCACAAAGGAAUACCUGGGUGCUAAAGCUCAGAAUACCUAUCCAAUACCUGAAACUAUGUUCGAUCCCUCCUUACUGCUCAGCCCACACGUGUUUCUUCUGGGCAUUCUCUUCCGCCACCAGGCAUUUCGUGCAGGCAGCCUUAUCUCACCGGACCAGCUGAAAAAGCUCGACAUUUGCCCCGACGAGCUCGAGUUGCCUUUGCCGCUACGGGAGAAAUUGAAUGACACCUACAUUUUCCGUCGCGCUGUUUUAGGAACCGAAGGUUAUGUACUAUCCACUAACGAACCCAUUUCCGAGGCCAUGAUGGGGGCCUGGUUCAAGAGAAUCGGUGAGCUUAUGGGAUUGGAAUACUCCACCAUACUUUACAGCUUGCGCUAUAAUGCAGCGAACGGAUUUGAUCAAAGCGCCGAUGUCAGCGAGGCGCUCCGAAACCUGGUCUUGGGUCACGCCAGCUCCGAACCGUUUCGACAUCACUAUCUUGGACGUGAAAUUGGCGCCGAUCUUUGGGGCAUCCUCCGCGGCCAAAGGCCGCAACAGGCGCUGAUCAAGCAGUCUGGCAGCAUUGGCCACUCCAUCAGCAGGCGUCGGCCAACCGACCUCACGCAGGAGCAGUCUGCAUCCAUCGCCACUCAUCCUACAAUCCGAAGAUUGAAAGCAGCCCUUCGACGACUACCUCCUCGCUCCAAAGCGUACAGGGAUGCUAGACGAGAAAUAAACAAUGAAAAGCAGAGACUCAGGAGAGAGCUCAAGCAGACUAUCAUCCACGAAUGGACUGACAAUCAGGCCGUUGACGACAUUGAGCGCCAACUACGAGGUGAUAGCUUCACCAAGCCUGCGGUGGCGGACACCUGCCGUCCACAGGGACCGGCACAAAAGCGCUUGCUCGCAGCGCUCACUGCUCCGCUCAUCGCCACACUCGAAGACCAAUACAAACGGAGAGACAACGCCAUCGAUGCAGUAUCCGCGUACUGUCUUGUCCAGGAAGGUUGCACCACGCACCGGCCUCGGUCUCAGUCGAAGGAUUCGCUCCCUAAGACGCCUUCCAGUGGCUCGGAAGUCAGCCCCCUUUCUCUUGCCACACUAUCUGUUUAUGCCAGGAAUAAGACAGAGAGGCCAAGAAGAUGCUUUCUAUGCAUUGGCCAGGCCCAUUGUCUCCUUCCGGACGAUCCUCGGGUGGAUAAUCUCAUCCAAGAGUUCUACUCUUCCAACAGCCUGACUAGGCACUUCAAACGUAAGCACUUGUCCAAGAUGAAAGCCGAUGACAAGAUAGAGUGUAAGGUUUGUAAGAUGCCGCUGGUCCACAGGAUGCACCUUCAACGUCAUGCCUUUGAGGUCCACGGCACUGUUUCCUGA